AUGCUCCGCGAACGCUGCCCCGAGCUCACAAACCAGAUCUGCGCUGCACUGAGCGAGCUGGACCGGGGCCCGCUGCCGGCCGCUCCCGGGUGCUUACAACAAGCCAGCAGGGCAAAGGAGCACCUCUCGGCGCACGGCUUCGCCGCGCCCAACUGGCACGACCUUGCGCAGGGCGCCCGGCCACCGCCGACGCUCGAACGGGAGCACGGCGAAUGGGCGCACGGCUGGCAGUUCUGGGCCGCCAGAGUCUUGGAGAACACAGCCCGACAGCAGCUCCUCAACGCCUCCACGCCACCGGACCGCGCCCUCCUCCGGUCACAGAGCGGGCCGUGCGCGGGACGAGCCUUCACCGCGCUGCCCACGACGGGGGACUUCCACAUCCCGCCGGCAGAAUUCAGAGUCCUGCUCCUCAGGCGCUUGCGAUUUGAUUUACCCUUCGCAGCGAGCGCUUGCAGGUGCAGAGGCAGACUGGACGCCAGAGGUGACCACAGAGCGGCGUGCCCAAGGGCAGGGGUGCUCAAGAAGAGAUCCAUCCCAUUGGAGAAAGCGGCAGCACGUAUCUGCCGCGAGGCCGGGGGCCGAGUCGCAGAGAAUCAGCUCCUGCGAGACCUCAACGUGGACGGCGUCGACCCCCGCGACGGGCGCAAGAUCGAGGUCAUCGCGAACGGCCUGCCGCUCUGGGGAGGAGCGCAGCUGGCGAUUGACGCGACCCUGGUGUCGCCAGUCCGCACCCACGGCACCGCGCAGCCCAGAGCCGCGGACGAGGACGGAGUCCAGCUCGCGGUCGCGCGGGGCCGGAAGGAAGCGACCUACCCCGAGCUCAUCGGGUCAAGGAGAUGCCGAUUGGUUGUGCUGGGCUUGGAAGUCGGCGGCAGGUGGUCCGAGGAGGCCCUGACCUUCGUCCGGCUGCUCGCCAGGACCAGAGCCCGCAGCGCGCCGCAGCGACUCCGAGCGUCGGCGCGGGCGGCGUACCUACACCGCUGGACAGGCUUGGCCGCGGUCGCGGCCCAGACGGCGUUCGCGGCCACGCUGCUGGAGUUGCCGUCGCACACCCUGGCCGUCGACGGGGACGGGCCGCACCUCGCCGACCUCCUGGCGGACGCCCGCUGCACGGAGACGCUGGCCCCUAGCCGACUGCCGCCGGGUUUCUGA